AAGACUAAUUAUAUCGACACCAAACAUAGAUAGAGAUAUUAUAAUAUCAUCAUUUCAUUUCAUAAGAACAACACACGAUUAUGCUACCGCUCUUAUCUUCACCAUCUUCUUCUUCACUCAUGCAAUCUUUUCCAUGUACUUUCAACUGAGAAUAAUAAUUUUGAGUAUGGUUCAUAUUCGCUGAAAAGUGGGGAGCGAGAGCGUCUCCCUUUUGGGGCAGGACAGUUUAGGAGUGCAGGGGGCGAUGUUCCAGUUUAGGACAGAUGAUACACUCAAAUGAAAUCAAGCCCAUUUGUUUGUUGGGAUAGAUCUAAGACAGUUUAGGGGUGCAGGGGGCAAUGUUCCAUUGCACUAUAGUUCAGGGGUAAACUUGUAAACUGAGCCAUAGUGUUUAAACAACGGCCCUGUUUGGAUAGUAAAAUUCCUUUGUACUGUACAAGGACAAGGACAUUCCACUCAUGGAUGCACUAAUCAAAAACCAAAGGAUUCCAUAGUGCAGGAUAACUCCAUAUUACAUCCUGAGAAAGUAUUAAGGAGGAAACUUGCGCUUUCUGUUUUGGUCUCAACUUGUGUUUUUCCAACUUUAUCUUCUCAUGCGAAGACCAAAAAUAUGAAUCCGUAUAAUGAAAAACGUGUCUUACAACAAAACAGGAAUAUACAAAAACAAAAUAAUGCACCAGAUGACUUCCCAAAUUUUAUUAGAGAAGGUUUUGAAGUCAAAGUAGUAGCACCAGAUAACUAUAUAACGCGUGAUUCGGGGCUCAUAUACCGAGAUUUUGAAGUUGGUGAAGGUGAUUGUCCAAAGGAUGGUCAGCAGGUCACAUUUCACUAUGUUGGCUAUAAUGAGUCCGGCCGCCGUAUUGACAGCACUUAUUUACAGGGUUCUCCAGCCAAAAUUCGUAUGGGUAACAAGGCAUUGGUUCCAGGAUUUGAGGAAGGAAUUAGAGACAUGAGAGCAGGUGGAAAGAGAAGAAUAAUUAUUCCUCCUGAUCUUGGACCCCCGGUAGGACCUUCAACAUUUUUCAGCUCAAAACAAUUUGAAGUUUUUGAUGUUGAGUUAUUAAGCAUACAAAACUGUGAAAGAAGAACAAUAGGAUUUUACUCUGAUGUUGUAUGUAAUUGAGAUAAAGCUCCAAUGUCUUUAGCACAAAUAUUAUUAGAUAGGAACUAAAUUAUGAUAUUGCUUUGAGGCUGUUGUCAAGUAUUCUUUAUUGUUUUGGUUUGUAACCAUGUCAAUCAUCGAGAAAGGAACAUAUGUAUGUAUGUAUGUAUUAUGAAAAUACUUUAGAAUUUUUUUUAUA